UGAUUCAGUCAGUAAAUAACAUGACGAAAGACUAUGAUUACUUGUUGAAAGUAUUAUUAGUAGGUGAUAGCGAUGUUGGAAAACAUGAAAUUUUAUCUGGCCUGGAGGAUGCAUCGUCUGAAAGUCCAUUUUGCAGUGGCAAUGCGUAUAAAACUACCACAAUACUUCUGGAAGGAAAACGAGUAAGACUACAGUUAUGGGAUACUUCGGGACAAGGCCGCUUCUGCACGAUAAUACGUUCAUAUUCUAGAGGCGCACAAGGCAUUAUAUUGGUCUAUGAUAUUACAAAUAAAUGGAGUUUUGAUGGAAUCGACCGAUGGCUGAAAGAAGUUGAAGAGCAUGCUCCCGGUAUACCAAAAGUUCUUGUGGGCAAUAGACUACAUUUGGCAUUCAAAAGACAAGUGGCGGCAAAACAAGCUGAACUAUAUGCAUCCCGAAAUAAUAUGUCAUGUUUCGAAAUAUCUCCACUGUGUGAUUUCAACAUUAGAGAAUCAUUUUGCGAAUUAGCUCGUAUGGCACUGCAUAGAAAUGGAAUGGAAAGAAUAUGGCGAAACAAUAAAGUCUUAUCACUACAAGAAUUGUGUUGUCGAACGAUUGUUAGAAGGACCAGCGUGUAUGCUAUAGAAUCAUUGCCAUUGCCACCCUCUGUUAAGUCGACUUUGAAAUCUUAUGCACUGACAACUUCACAGUGUUUCAAUACAUUGAAUAGCACAUCAAAAAGCAAAAACCGAUGUAAGACGCCUACAAGUAGCGGCCGUAACAGUUGCUGUAUUACGUGAUU